UUUUCCUGGUGUGAAAUGCUCCGAGAUUGCAAAGUUGGGUGGAGACAGGCCUCACAUUCCCCAGAGCAGAACAGGUUUUGCUCCUCUGCUGGAGGAAACUGUCACUCUGACAGACAGAUACUGGAAUUCACCACAAACCUGUCGGCUAAAGCAGAGUGUCUCGCCUCCCUCAACAACAGGAAAGUUAAUAACAUGGACAAACAAAUAGCAAAGACCACUCAAAGUCUCACUACUGCAGCAGAGGUGCGGGAAACCACCAAGAUGCUGAUGAAGCCCAAUGCAAACUGGGAGGAGUACCUGACUCCUGCACCCCUCUCUAUCGCCAUCAUGGGGGAACUCGUCUUCAUCUCCCACUGUGAUGACUUCUCCAUCAACAAGAACCCCCCAAAAGGUGGCUACAAGUUCAUUAAGUACCCAGACUCCUUCAGGGCCUGUCUUAUGCAGGUCUGUAACUCAGGCUGGCACGCAUUCAACGAGGCCCACAAGAACAUGGAUCAGAUCCGCAUUCACACGAGCACAGUUCCUGAUUAUAUGAAGACUGCAGUCAACAUUCUUUUCAACAGCACUGAUAAAAUAAUUGAAGCUCUCCUGCCAAAUCAACUGGAAAACAUUCGAACCAUUGCAGACGAGUGCGUGAUACUAGCAGACAGUGUUGAAAAGAAGUAUACUGAUGUUAUCAAUUUAAUCCAGGAGCUGUUGGAGGCUUGUAUCAAUGCUGAACACUUUUAUGGAGAAGAGAUGGAAAAGGUCAAGAUGAAACUGGAAGAAAACAAACUGAGGGAGCAGAGUGCAAGACAGCUGAGUGAACAAUCCAAGAAAGCGAUGGAGGCCAUGUCAAAGCAGAUGGAAGAAGCACAAGAUGCCUACAAGAAAGCCAUGGAUUCUCUUCCCUCUGGGUGGGAAAUGAUUGGCAUGGAUGUGGUUGAAUCGCUCUCAUCAGGGAUGACAGCAAUUAUGAAUGGAUGUGUUUCUCGAAUGGCUGAUCCUAUAGGUGCAUCAGCUUUAAUGCGCACCUUCAGAGAUGGAGCUGUUGGUAAGAAUGUUGGUGAGAAUGUGGAUGAGUUUGCACCAAUGACAGCGUACAGCAAGUCUGCAGAGAUUCUGAAGGUUGCAGGAUCUCUCAAACAACUUGUCAGUGGCAGUGAAAUAGACUGGGAGGACCUGUAUGAUCAGAAGAAUAAGAGCGUGAAGACCGAAUGGACUGAGGAACAAUUCAAAAGGAUCUCUGAGGACCUGGAGGAGAUGUCAGGAGAUGUGUGCAAAAAAGCUCUGUCACUCUGUAAAAGAGGCAUCACCAUCUGUGAGGAGCUGGCAACAUAUACUCCAGAUCAGACAUGGGAUGAGGAGAAAACUAAACAGCUGAUAAAGGACAUUAAGAAGUUGAAUGAUCGCGCCCUCACUUUUGACACUAAGAGCAAAGCAGCUUCAGGUACUCCAGCUCUUACCGCCAAACCACCAAUGAUGUCCAAAGCAGACAACAGCUCAGGAGGAAAGUCUGCCGGUCAGAGAGCAUCUGAGAAUGCUCGUUUCUCCAUCGAGCAGAGCCAAGCACAACUCAGUCAAGUACGGCAGUCAUAUGAGAAGAGUGUGGAGAACAUGGAGAAGAAUCAGAAAGAGCUGACUGACAUCCUGGUUGAAAUGCAGAACUGCAAACUCAAUGAGAUCGACUUUGACACCAAAAUCAAAAUGCUGGUCAAAGGUCUUGAUGCCAUGGGCAGAGUCAAAGAGCAGUGGGAGAAGAUGGUGCGCUUCUUCCAGAUGGUCUCCAACAUUGUCAAAAUCAGCCUCAGCAAGACAAUGCACAAUUUUAUUAAGGCAGCUGAUGACAUAAAAAUGUUUUCUUACAAUGAGAAGCUCUUUGUAAAAGACCUCCUGUACAAACAGGCCUUUGAAGCCUCCAACAUUGCCAGCCUGAUCCACAUGAUCUCAGAGACCUACACUGAAGUGUCCAACAAGUACCUGAUGGACAGAGUGAGCAGCCUGGGUAAGCUCAUGGCCAUGGAUAAGGAGAGACCAGAGUUCCUUCAUGAGCGUCUGAAGCUGCAGGAGUCCUGUGACGAUGCUCAGAGAGGGAUUCUGCAGCUGGUCCUGAAGAACAAGAAAGAAUUUGAGAGGCAGACCGAUGCCAGGAUGAAGAAAAUAGAGGGUGACCUGAAGGCCAUUCUGCCUGCUGCUCCACCUGAGGAGACGGAGAGAAUCAAAGAGAUCGUUCAGGCCGGCUUCAGUAAAGAAGAAGAGGAUUACUACUGAUUCAGGUUCAUUGUUUACUGCAGAAUCUAGAUAACCAUGGUAUAUCACAGUAUGAUACAGAAGCUUCACAUGUGGGUGUUAGCAAGUCCACCUCCUGGUGUUGGGUCAAGUUUUUUCCACUUUGCUGUUUCCUUGUGUUUUAUAGUGAUCAGUGUGAGACAGUGUAAACCUGAGUAUAAACCAGAGAAAUCCUGUCUGAUGAUUGUGUUCAUAUAAUGCACGUCUGACUUGGGAGAGGGAAUGAAGUAAUACAGAGAAGUAUAAUCAGAGCUAGAGAUGUGUGUGUGUGUGUGUGUGUCUGCAGAGAUAAAUCUAAUGUGUGUGCUGUAAAACAUCAGGUUUUCUCUGUCACAGACUGGCUGCACAUCUUCAGCACUCACUAAUUUUAGAGAAGAAUCAUUUAUUUCAAGUCGUCCUUUCUGUUCAUAGUCAUUUCUCCUUGAAAUGGAAAUGUAAUAGUUUUUGGUUUUCUUCUCUUUUUUCAGAUGUAUUUAACCUUUACUUUAGCUGCAUGUAAUCUGUUACAUUUCAGUCACAUUUGACUCUGGAUGAGACUUUGUACUCUGCUUGCUGUGCUCAAUAAAACUAAGUAGAUCCUCUUGAUCUACUGAAAAGACAGAA